AUGGCCUGGGACAACAAAGAGCUGCACGAGAAGUUUGAGCCCUUGUUGCGCCGCUUGGAGGAGGGCAGCAGCGUCGCAUUGCUGACCAUGAGGGGAUCGUGCUGCCCGGUGACGCGAGCUCACUGUGACAUGUUCCAGCGGGCGCGCGGUGUAUUGCUGGGCCAGAGUCUCCUCUGCCCCGCCGGUACGCCUCCCUUCUCCGAGUGCUUGGGGCUCGUGGCCUUAAACCCGGACCGCAGCAUCAAGCGCAAGUUUGAGAGGAGAUCUGAAUCUGAAAAUCCCAUCCGCUGGUUCGACCGCGCCCACCUCAUCCGCUUGGCGACGGCUGAGGUCCCUUGGCUCGCCUUGAACAACCUCGAGGACACUCGCUGGCAGCGCUUGAAGUUCGUCCACUUUCACCUCAACGGAGCGGACGACGUCGCCAGGUCUGCUACACAACGCUACAUCACCAUUGGGCGGCCUGAAUGGACGGAGAAGGUCCUGGAAGGUGCGCGGGAAUGCGGCGUGUUGAACACGCCGCACUUUCACGUAACUGCUGAACUGCCCGACAUCUCUGCUACUGCAGUGCGCACAGCUUUACGGUGCCAAGACCGGGAUGCCCUUGAUCGCAUGCUGCAUCCGUCCGUCGCGGCAUGGUGCCUGCGAAAUCGCAUCUACAGCUCAACGCCUGCAGUC